AUGGAUUCAAGAAAGCCAGUUGAACCAACCGCAAGUCCGAUUCAGAAUCUGAAACCACACCGAACGAUUGCUGAUCUCGCUCGUGGGGAGAACUACUGCAAUUCCGAUUUUAUCGGUCUCCAUCGUUUGGGUGUGGCAGCGCCCAACAUUAGCUACGAUUAUGGCUGCGAUUGGAUCAUGCGUGCUCAUCUCGCGAGUACCAAAGUCCACCUUCACCUUGAAACUUCCGUCGCCAACCCCUCCGCCGACCAAGGAUUUCAUUAUCGGAGCGACGGCCGCGCCAUCCCUUCGGUCUCCAACGUCGCGUCAACAAAACGAGCGAGACUAGACUCGUGUGAAGAGAGUGAAGACCCAUAUGUCGACUGGGUCCCAGCGAAUACGACCGACACCGAAUAUGCGAGCCUGGCUUCGACUUUUACCGCUCACUCUGUCUAUGAGUAUUUCAUUGAAGACAGUGAGGUGACCAAACGCAAACGCUACACGAGCUCGGAUGACCCCAUGAAAUUGUGGCGGCAAGACAAGCACGUCUUUCUGGACCAUCUUGUCCGGCAGGACGGUCUAGGGAACCACCUCGCUCAACCUCAGUGUGCCCUAUGCCACGCGCCGUAUGUGGAAAACUUGACACGAAUCUUUCGCUGCGACCCAUGUGGACGACAUCUACAGUGUUUGGGCUGUUUGGAAGAAUCCCAUCGACGACAGCCGUUGCAUCGUGUCAAGGAAUGGAAUGGGUCGUAUUGGACGCGCGUUGCCUUGCACCAGCAACACGCCAAAGAUUUCUCGCCGAGCAGCCUGCAAUUUGUUUACCAACUGGGUCAUGGCGGCGAGCCCUGUAUACGCCCAGCAUCAAGCGAGCCGCAGACCAUGGUGGUUCUUGACGUAGGGGGCGUUUUUACCUGCCGCGUCAGGUUUUGCGGCUGCGAGCGGGCGCUUGGACAAGACCCCAUUGCCCAGUUGAUGAACAAUGGCUGGUAUCCAGCAACCACCAUCGAUCCCGCCACCUGCGCCACGUUCGAGGCCCUUGAAGACUUCCGCCUAUCGAACGUGGUGGGGAACAUAAGCGCUCAUGACUACGUUGGCAAGCUGGAGCGGCUUACCGACCCUACCUUGUUAGGAACUACCCCGGACCGAUACAAGGCUUUUGGCCGUAUGAGCCGACAAUAUAGUUUUCUGAAGCGGGCCAAGCUUCCGCCCGGGGGUAUUGCUGUGCCUUGCUGGGCUUGCCCCUCUGUCGGCUUUAAUCUUCCUGAAGGCUGGGAGACCUGCAGCAAAGACGACGAGUUUCUGUAUUCUCUUUUGCUGGCGCUCGAUGCCAACUUCAGACUCAAAAAUCGAAUACGCACCAACGAAAAACACGACCCAUCACUUGGUCCUGGAUGGGGCUACUUUGUGGAGUCGGAUGCGUAUAAGGAGCAUCUGCGCGAUUAUGUCGCAGAGGCCGACGUUAGCACUUGUAUCGCGUUUGCCGCGUUGAUGCAGAAGGACACCCGCCUUACUACAGGCCUGCGAGUGUCUGGGGUAGGAGGCUGUGUUUGUGCGAGGCAUGGCGUUGUUCGGGCUCAAGGUCUAGGCGAUUUGCAGAAAGGAGAACGAUAUGCAAAUAUGGAUUACAUCCUGCUCCAUGCUUUGGGGGACACCCGCGUUAAGCGUUUGGUACUCUCAUAUGACAUUGCAUGUCAGUGGAAGCAGCGCUUGGUCUUUCGGGUCUCCGACAUGGCUUGCUCGGCUGGAUUUCUACCCGACCUAAGCAACUUCACACUGCAGUUUGCGUUGCCCGUCUGGCACGCCGCUGCCGCGAGGUCAACUGCCAGGCGGCGAUGUCCCUCAGCCAUGCACAUGGGUUUUGCAACGAAGGAGAUGGGGGAGGGCAAUCGUCACGAUUCGAUUGAAGAUAAAGUGGACCACAUCAACUUUGAGAAGAACGUGGGCCAAGGUGAUGCUCUCGGUCGAAAACUGAUCAUCGCCGUCGCAGGAGCGACACACAGAUCGCAGAUGGCGAGUAUGGUCACCAACUGGGUCGCCGACAACAGCUAUCCAAACCCCUACGUAAUGCAAGGGGGAAAGGAUGCUGGUCCGUCUGAGGCUCAAGUCGCUGCCGAUCUCAAGAAGGCUGAGCUCGAAGACUUGCGUCAAGGCAGGGAGGGUGUUUACGAAGGCCGAAUGACAGCAACGGCCUUCAUCAAAGGGCUUCUGCAGCUUGAAGACCAGAAACGACGCAUUAGACACGAAGUGCGUGGUAAAUCGGCAUUGACGGCGGACCGUGCCAGCCAAAUCGAUGAAUUACGUGCAACAUUUUUCAAAAAGCUCAAAAACGUUCAACAAGAACAAGAGGUCUACAUGCCUGGGGUAUCGAGUCUAAGAGCGGCGGAGGAGGAGCGACGAGACUCAGAGCUACCCCCUUCAAAAGCUGAAGAUACGAAAUUGUGGCUUCCCUCGGACCUGACGGAGGUACAGCGAGUCUGGGCCUGCAAACGUGGCCUGGCCGAGGUUGAGGCCAAGCUGCGAGAAGCCCAGUGCGGGGAUGCUCUGGUGAAGAUUCGCGGCCAUCUUUAUACCAAAACUCACUUAAUUCACACACGCAACGCAACUUCGGUGGGGCAAGUUGCGAGUACGCGCUCCAGCACACUCAUCGACCGUGUUGGAGAUCGAAUCGACCGGGAGGUAGCGAAAUAUACGGAAGCGCGGGCAGCCCUCCAUCGUCUCAAAGGCCCAAGCGCUGCCCCUCACCUGAAGCAACUCACCAAGAGCGAUCUGCACGUGCGAACCGAAACAGAGAGCGACGCAAGGGCUCGUAUCAGGCUGGGUCGGCUGGGUGCAUCACGAAGAGGCAGGAAUGAGCCUUCGUCAUUGGCGGCGGAGGAACGCUCGGCGGGCGUGUCCUGGAUCUGGAAUACUGUUCGACCUGAGGAUGACGAGAAGGGGCUACAUGAAGCGGUUCGCGUUCAAUGGUCCAAAGCGCUUGCCCGGCGCGACCGCUGGAUAGAAGAGGUUCGCCUAUUGCGUGAGGAGAGAACACGUGUACUUCGGAGCCUGGUUGCAAUAGAGGCGCGUUGGAUGAGCCGCGCAUCGUCCCGCACCGACGUGGAGCCGCGACUGGCCGCGGGCCUGGAAGCCUACGCCAAGCUCCAGGCUGUGCUGCAUCGCCAAAUUGCAGAAGGUUUCUACGAACGUUGGCACAUUGUUUGCAGAGCUGCACUUCGCCCUGUGCUCAGUCUGGACGAGAGGAUACAUAGAUUGGUGCUAGACGGGGGAUCAAGUGACGACCUGCAGCUAGGCUUGGAGUAG